UCGCUUGAUAAAAUAUCGUCAUAACUGCAUCCACAGUUCCCUGUGCUGACUGUAACCAAAAUAACAACAGAGGGAAAACACAUUUGUUCUGCGACAACAAAGACGACCGUAGACAUUUGGACGAGCGAAGCACUUUGUUUAAAGUCUAUUUCCUUCAGCCAACGUGACGAGGCUGUUCUGACCCAGUGGUAGGCAAAAUGGGACGCAUCUUCCUGGAUCACAUUGGUGGGACUCGCCUGUUCUCUUGUGCCAACUGCGACACCAUACUGACUAACCGAGCUGAACUCAUCUCCACACGCUUCACUGGAGCCACCGGCCGAGCUUUCCUGUUCAACAAGGUUGUGAAUCUGCAGCACAGCGAGGUGCAAGACAGAGUUAUGCUGACAGGAAGACACAUGGUGCGGGAUGUCAGCUGCAAGAACUGCAACAGUAAGCUGGGCUGGAUGUACGAGUUCGCCACUGAGGAAAGUCAGCGCUACAAGGAGGGCCGAGUCAUCCUGGAGAGGGCGCUGGUGAGAGAAAGUGAAGGCUUUGAGCAUGUUCCCUCUGAUAACUCCUGAGGUCACCUCUGUUACUGCUGGAAAUGCUCAAUCCAUGUCCUACAACUUUCCCUCCAGCAGCAGUGCAUGGACCUACAUGGACAGUGUUCCAUUUGUGUGUAGAGCUACACCAAAAAAAAACCCAUACUGGGUGUUUGUGGGAUGCUAACAACAGCAGCGCCGGGCAUUUUCCCAUGGCUUUAAACAUCUGGGAGAAGAGGAGAAACACCGCUGCUUUUCUACCCAUUUAAAAUCACCUACAGUUUCAGUGUGUUUCCAGCAGGCUGUAGUGUUGUACAGGUGGGGGUGGGAUGUUGACCCAGAUGAAAAUGAUCUGCUCCUGCAGCCCUACAAGAGGCUCUGACAGACAGACAGAUUGUUUUGUAGGGAUUCAAGGGGUGAUUCAGAACAGAAGACUGAACCGGUUGAGACUAUUUUCUAGCAAAUAGGCAAUAUGAUACUUUGCUGGAAAUUGUUUAGUCAUCAAAUACACUACUGUUGAAAAGUUUGGGGUCAUCCAGACAAUUUCAUAUUUUCCAUGGAAAUUCACACUUUUAUUCAUGUACUAAUGUAAUUGCACAAAGUUUUCUAAUCAUCAAUUAGCCUUUCAGCAUCAUUAGCUAAUAGUCAUUUACCACAUUAACAAUGUCUAGACUGUAUUUCUGAUUAAUUUAAUGUUGUCUUCAUUUUUAAAAAAAUCUUUUCUUUCAAACAUAUGUGACCCCAAUCUUUUGAACGGCAGUGUAUUAUAUUACUUUUUUAAUGGCAGAGUAUUCCAUAUGAUAAUACAUGAAAAUGAUAAUAUUCCAUAUUUUUGUUAAGUUUACUGAACUAGAUGUCACUUUUGCAGUAUAAAAAUUUCAGCCACUUUAUUUUGUCCUAGAAUUAAUGAUGAUUUCUCUCAAGGCAGAUUUUCUCUUUUCCAUAUACACAAUUCAAUAAAAUAUAUUUCAGUCAAUCUUGUUAGUGA